CGGGGGAAGCCGGCGGGGGGAAGCGGGCCCGGGGGAAGCGGCUCGGCGCAGGAGGGCGGGAAGGCCGCUGGAACCUGCCCCGGGGCCCCGCCGCGCCGAGCGGAGCCGGCCCUAGGGCCUGCGCCGCAGCGGCGUAGGCAGCAAAGAUGGUUUCUACCCCAGCCCGCUACCUAGUGCUCUUUCAGUAUUUUGGCACUAAAUAUAGUGGGGUUAUGGAGACUUCGACUAAUCAGUCAGUGAUUGGAGUCCAGAAUUAUUUGGAGAAGGCAGCGCAGAACCUAAAACCUGUUGUUCCCAUCAAGUUCCACAUCUCCAGCCGAACAGAUGCUGGUGUCCAUGCACUCUGCAACUCUGCUCACCUUGACAUCCAGAGGGCACCGGGGAAGCCAGAUUUUGAUGAGAAACAGCUCAUCCGUGGUCUUAAUCGCUACCUGAAUCCUGAGCCAAUCCGCAUUUUGAAUGCCUAUCGAGUGAGCGAUAGCUUCCAUGCACGCUUCUCUGCACUGUCAAGAACCUACGUUUAUCGGCUGUUGAUGGGUUGCGCUCAUUAUUCUGAAAUACCAGUGUUCGAAAGGGAUCUUUGCUGGGCUCCUGCGGGAGGCUCCCUGAACGUGCCUGCCAUGAGGGAUGCAGCACAGUUCCUGGUGGGAACCCACGACUUCAGCACCUUUCGCUCACUUAACUCUGAAACACCGUUCCAGUGUCCGGUCAGAACCAUGUUCCAGGCAGACAUCCAACCCUCUUCUGGUUUCCUGUCCCACCACUAUGAACACAGGGGACUGGAAUUUUGGGAGUUGAAGUUCAGAGGCAGAUCAUUCCUUUACCGACAGAGAGGCAUUUCUCAUGAUGGGACUGUUCAUACAAGCCUGUUCACUCCAGUGGCACUGGGACAGGGCCUAACUUUUCCUGAGCUUCAUCUCUUGCUGAACAAAAGCCUGAAAAGGACUGCCCUUCUCUCUCUUCGUCCUUUGUUUCCCCAGACAUUUCCCUGGAGCAUCCCCAGGUCCGAAGAAUGGUUGGGGCUCUAGUUGCAGUCGGCCAGGGAAAGUUAACACCUAAUCAUAUAAAGGAGUUACUGGAGAUAAAAGAUUCACGGGCUUUUCCACCAAGUGCCAUGGCUCCGCCAUCUGGACUUUUUCUAAAAUCAGUGGAA